AUGUCCUCACGGUUCACGGCAUUGCAACACGUGGACCUGUGCCCUGGGCAGACCUGCUUACAAAGCCGGUCCAGGUGCCCGCGAAGGGAAGAGAGGCAGAAAGGAAUGCUUCCACUCCCCUGCCAUCCACUCAGAGCAACUGUUCCAAACUUUUGCUUUCAUACUUUCUGCAAGUACUCAUUUGAACUGUUUGGUUCAGUUGUUUUUAUUAUUAUUAUUUUUUCCUACUUUAAGAAAGUGACUUCAAAAACAAUACUGAUCAGGAUAGAUUAUUUUAUUUUACUUUUUCAUACUUCUUUUUUCCUUUUCCCAUUGAACCAAAAGGAAAUCCGAUACCGAACCACGUGCCCCCUCCAACCCACUCCUUCUCCUUUUAUGCAAAACUGA